UCUGUGUCCCUUGGACACAGCGGAUCACCGAUGAACGGAAAGAGCCGAAGAUGUCGGCUCGGUCAUGCGAUCAGCUGUGUCCAAUCACAGCCGAUCACAUGUAAAUAGGGAAAUGCCGGUAAUCGGCAUUCCUCGGAGGGGACAUCUACACUGAUCAUCAGGGCACUGAUGAUCAAUGUGCCCUGAUGAUUGGUGUAGCCCCAGCAGUGCCACCUGUCAGUGUCCAUCAAUGCCAGCUGUCAUUGCCCAUCAAUGCCACCUGCCAGUGCCCAUCAGUGCCUCAUCAAUCCCACAUAUCAGUGCCUACCAGUGCACAUCAAUGCCACAUAUCAGUGCCCAUCUGAGCUGCCUUUCAGUGUCACCUAUCAGUGCCAGUCAGUGCCACAUAUCAGUGCUGCCAGUCAGUGCCACCUAUCAGUGCCAUGCCUCAUCAGUGCCACCUAUCAGUGCCCAUCAGUGCAGCCUAUCAGUGCCCAUCACUGCAGCCUCAUUAGCACACAUCAGUGAAGGAGAAAAAUCACUUAUUUACAAAAUUUUAUAA